GUCAUUUUUUAAAAAUUGUUCAACGUCGUCGUUAGUUUAUUGUAAAAAAACGCAUACACUGGGACCUACUAAGCUACAAAAUGUUUCAGGUCAUUGCGCUGUUGUUGACAGCCAUCUCGCUUGGAGUAGGCGGUAUGAAACAAGAUGACCCUGUUAAUUCAAAUGAGCAGUUUCAACUCGAGAAAACCAAAUUGCCAUUAAAAAGUAUUUCUGGAUUUUCAACAGAAUAUAAUUCUCAGAUGCAGUUAGAACAACCUCAGUUAUUGGCCAAGCCAAAAGAAGACUAUAACUAUCAGUAUAAUCCGAUCGGUUCAGUGCCUACAUUUUCAGUAUUCAACAGACCAAUUAAUAACUAUGGUCAACAGUCAAGUGGUCCUGGAUCAUUCCCACAGUCAAUUGUUCCUGGGUCUUAUCAACAAUCCGAUGAACAAAUCCAAAGCACGUCGUUCAGGACUAGAAACGGGGAUACUAUUAUAGAGAGGCGAGUGAUCACUCAAGAACCGGUCAAUCCAUAUGGAAGACAGGUAGUAAUACUAAGACAGUAAAGAAAAGCGAUUAUUUUGUUUAAUGAAAUAUUUUAUUGCAUAAUUUAAGAUUCGUCACAAAUCCUAAGAUAUAUUGUCUAUACCUUCAAUUUGUAGGUAUUACAAUUGACAAUUUACAAAUAUUAUUUUAAGCACUUUCUUUGCUAUUUGGGUAUUGGAUUUUAAAUUACAAGUUAUGACUAUUGUUUGA